GAAAUGAGUCAAUGAUGAAGGGAAGGUAUAAGCUUAGAAAAUUAUUAGAAGAAAUCUAUUGGAAAUUGAAGCAUAAGCUUCCAAAGUAAAGAGCUUAGAAAGGGUGUUUGCUAAAGUGUGACGUUGCUGGGAAUUUGAGAAAUGAUAGAAAAGAGUCAACGGUACCUACCUACUCAAAUCGAUCCAAGUUAAAAGAAUAAAUUAAGGAAUCCUAUGGAGAUGAAGUAUAAGCUUGCAGAGUAAAGAGCUACAAAGGGUUUCUGCUAAAGUUUGAUUUUUCACGGGAUCUGAGGUUAUAUUGGAAACUCACAUCUCUGUAUAAAGUUCUUUUCAUUGAGGUGCUCAAACCACAUAUCUUCUAUCUCAAUAAGUCAACACAUUGAUGGUAUCACCAUCAUCUUCUCCUUCCGCUCCCGCCUUUUCUUAUGUGUUCUGGAAGUACGAUGUUUUUCUUAGCUUCAGAGGAGAAGAUACUCGAAAUACUUUUGUGGGCCAUCUCUACUCGGCUCUUGAACAAGAAGGUAUCUUUGCUUACAAGGACGACGAAACACUCCCCCGAGGCGAAUCGAUCCACCCAUCCCUUAUGAAGGCUAUUGAAGAAUCACAGAUAGCCAUCAUUGUAUUUUCAAAAAACUAUUGUGAUUCGUCGUGGUGUCUGGAUGAACUUUCAUAUAUAAUGAAAUGCAGGGAUACGAGAGGCCAGAUCGUUAUGCCUAUAUUUUAUGACGUGGAUCCUGCUCAAGUACGAAAACCAAAACGGAAAUACGGAGAAGUGUUUGCUAAACACGAGUUGGACAACAAAACCAAGGUUGAAUCUUGGAGAAAAGCACUCGUGGAUGCAAGUAACCUUUCUGGAUGGGAACCCAAACACAUUGCCAAUGGGCAUGAAGCAAAAGGCAUCAAACAAAUUGUAGUCGAAAUUUCAUGGAAGUUGCAGCCAGCAACUUCAAGUGCAAAUGAGAAUUUGAUCGGAAUUGAUGCUCGCUUGCAAGGUUUGAAAUUGGAGUUACAAAUUGGGUCAGGUGGUGUGAUCAUGAUUGGAAUAUGGGGGGUUGGGGGUGGUGGUAAAACUACUCUUGCAUCUUCUAUCUACAAUGAAAUUUCUACCAAGUUUGACAGCUGCUGCUUUGUUGAAAAUAUUCGAGAGGAAUCAGGCAGGUAUGGUUUGGGAAAAUUGAAAGAAAAAAUUCUUUCAGAAAUGGAAGUAAACUGAGCUGGAGGAGGAAGAUGCUUGAUAAAUAAUAGGUUUCGCCACAGAAAGGUCUUGAUUGUUUUAGAUGAUGUCGAUAACCUCGACCAGUUAAAAGCACUAGCUGGAUCACAUGAUUGGUUUGGUGAAGGAAGCCGAAUAAUAAUAACAACCCGUGAUAAACAUUUAUUAACCGCACACAAAGUAAAUGCAGUAUACAAUAUUAGAUUGUUAAACAGUGAUGAAGCUAUUAAGCUCUUUUACAAGCAUGCACCCCGGGAUAAGAGGCCUGUGGAAGAUUAUGACCAUCUUUCAAAAGAGGUGAUCACUUAUGCUGGUGGGCUUCCAUUGGCACUUACAGUUCUUGGUUCUUUUCUUUGUGACAAAGACAUUCAUGAGUGGAGGAGUGCAUUAGCUAGACUAAAAGAGAUCCCGGAUACUGAUAUUGUAGAAAAGCUAAAAAUCAGCUUUGAUGGACUUAAACCAAUUGAGAAAGAAUUGUUCCUAGAUAUUGCAUGCUUUUUUAGGAGGGAACGGAAAGAUAAGGCAAUGAAGAUCCUUGGUGAAUGUGGUUUCCAUCCGGUUAUAGGAGUAAAGGUGCUGAUACAAAAGGCUCUCAUAACUAUUUCAGAAUAUGGUGAGUUUGAUAUGCAUGAUCUUGUGCAAGAAAUGGGACAUCACAUUGUUAGAGGGGAACACCCUAACAAUCCUGAAAAACAUAGUAGAAUUUGGAAGGAGGAAGAUAUUAUGACUAUAUGUGCUAUAGAUGCAAUGACUGCUAAUGGUUGAGCUAGCUUUUCAUGAUAUAAGUGUAUAAAGAAGCACUCUUACUGCAACUCUCACACCAUUUUUCCUCUAUCAUAGGAACUUGAGAUGAUUGAAGCAAUAAAAGUUAGAUACAAUAUGGCUUAUUCUUAUCUGCCAAUUGCUGCAAACAUGAAGAACCUUAGGUGGAUUGAAUAUGCCGGUGAAUUUAUGCCUAGUAAUUUUCCACAAAGGAAGCUUUGUCGUCUAAUUUUGUUUAACAGCUUGCAAAAACAACUUUGGGAGGGUUAUAAGUUGCUGCCAUAUUUGAAGACAAUUGAACUCUGCCAUUUGCAUAACCUAAUCAUGACACCAGAUUUUGAUGGACUUCCAAAUCUUGAAAGAUUCAUUCUUAAUGGAUGUUGGCAUUUAAAAGAGAUUCAUCCAUCGAUUGGACGCUUGGAAAAGCUUAUUCUCAUAUGUAUUAAAUUUUGUGAUCGUCUUAAGAUGUUUCCACCUGUUACUCGACUAAAGAAACUCAAGACCAUUAAGUUCUUGGCAUGCCCUGAACUUUUUAAUUUCUCAGGGAUCCAAGAAGAGAACAAGGAGAGUUUACCACAUGUUCAUUUGGAUGAUAAUAGUGGGAGUGAAGUUGCAUCCUCUAUAGGAUCUUGUCCAGACUUUUUUGUUAAUUGUUGGAGGUGUGGUUGCAGCAAUCUUCCUGGUGUUGAAUGUUGUUUAAUGGAGCCUUCUUCCCCUCACAACAAUGUGAAGCAUUUUUUGCGUGACAUCAAUAUGAACCACAUAGGGUUACGUUUCUUUCUCAAGAACUUGAGAAAGUUGGAUCUUAGCUUCUGCAGUUUGGGAGAUAAAGAAAUCGGCUCUGCUGUUUGGGAGUUACCCAACUUGCGGAAACUCUAUCUAUCAGGAAAUCACUUUUCACAAUUAAAUUUUAGUUUCCUGCAAGUUCCUCAGCUCAAACUGCUCGACGUGUCAUGCUGCCAAGGCCUUGUAAAAUUGUCAGAUCUGCCAUCAAGUAUAGCUGUUGUUUUAGCAAUUGGUUGUUUCUCACUUGAAAGCUUGGGAGAUAUUUCAAACUGUAAAUGGUUGUGGAAUGUCUCAAUUCUGGGAAACAACAAACUUGUUGGUUGCAUAUUACUUGACUCCAUGCUCCAGGGAAAUGCUAUUGAAGUUUACUUUAUCAAUAUCAUUCUUAAACCUCAGGUUCCAAAUAGGUUUGUGGGUAGGUUGUUUAGGGGAACAUUUACACUGCAUCUUCCUGAUGAUUGGUACAAUGAAUAUUGUGGGUUCUUAGUAUGUGUAGUUACCCAAAUCUACCGUCCGUGUAUUAAUAUAGUCGUGAAGCAGGAGGUAUAUGAAGAAAAUUCUCUAUUUGAGCUUUUGUGGGAGUCUAAUGAAGCAGUAGAGCCUAUAUAUGAUGGAACAAGGACAUUCAUAGGAUACGUUUCGUUUGGUUCAUUGAGGCACACUGCAUUUCCAAAUUCAUCAUACAAUAUGAUUUCAUUUUCCCUAGAAGUCAUGGAUUGGAAUUUAUUGAAGAAUGAGAGUUAUGUUGGAGCUGAGCUGGUUCCUAGGAAAAGUAAAGGUGAUCAGCUGCAAACAACAAAAGUUGCAACAGAUUCCUCGGAAUUUUGGGACGAGGAGAAAGUUUAUGCUAGAAAGACAUUUACGAUCCAAGUCCAACAUGAUUCAAAAUCUUCUAUUAAUAUUAUAUGGCGACCUAUGGAGAACAGGUUCUGACUACGUCUUAGUGGCUGGUUUGUAGGUUUAUGGUUUUCUUUUUAUUCUUUUAUUUAACCAUGAUGAGUUCUUUACCUGUACUACUUUAAUUUUUUGGGUUCCUCUAUUUCUACGACACCAUGUUUUGCUACUUUAGUUUUGUCUUGAGGCUUCUUCUUGUUAAUAGUUGUUUUUACCAUCAUAUACGAAGAUUUACAAUAUCGUUUAGAAAAUAUGCAUAUCCUAGUAUACAAAAACCCUUAAGAAGCCCGGGGAGACCAUGGCCUCCCCGCUUUUCUCCGGAUAUGUGUUUUAUUUCUAUGUUGGAAGCCCUGUUGUACUACCAUCGCCACCUCUAACAUUCACCACUCUUCCCUUGUGAUGCCAGAUGUUUGUGCUUAUCUUCUACGUGUUGAACCCUAAUUUGUCAAAUUAUGCUUAUGUUCUACCCUUCGAACACUAACAAUUUCAUCAUUUGGUUUUUGUUUUCAAUUUGGUCAUGUGAUACCCCCCCCCCCCUCUCUCCUCUCUAUUCAAGGAACCGGUGACCGGAUAUUUGGUCAUUGAUAUUCUCUCUCUACACAGGUGAUAUUGUUUGAUUUUUUAUUUUCAAUUUUGUAUAGCAAGUUUUUGUUUUCAAUUUGGUCAUAUUGUUGGUUUUUGUUUGAGAUUUGAGCAUGAUAUUCCAUCUUUGCAAAUGAAAACUUCUCCUUUUCCUCAAAAGAAACUCUAAUAACUGAGGUAUUAUAUAUGCCAACGUACCGAAGUAUGAAGGUGCAUAGUUUCUUAUUUGAUACUUCUUUAAAUGAUCCAAAAUUCAUUUAAACACAUCUAAGUUCAUCCAUGGAUAAUUCUUUUCUCAGAUUUAAUUGCAGCUUGAUGUUUGCCUACAUCUUCAUUUACCUUGCCUAUUUCUUAGGCCAGUAGGUUAAAGAAGAUGUGGAUGGCCUUGUAAGUUGGGGUUGUGUUUUAGACUUCAUUAUAUGAACUUAGAUGUGUUUAAUUUCUUGAAUUUUUCCAUAAUUUCUUGAACUUACAUAUGAACUUAUAUGAACCAAGAUAGUUGUUCCUUUGACUCGAUUGACAAAGAGGAUGGUUAUUUUUCAUUGGGGGACUGAGUAGCAGACGACUUUUGAGACCUUCAGGCAAUGGUUGUGUGAGAAACCAAGAGGGUGUUGAGAAUUUUGUGGUUUAUUGUGAUGCGUCGAUCACGGGUUUGGGAACAAUGUUGAUGCAGAGGGGUCGUGUGAUCGCUUACACUUCGAGGCAGCUGAAGCCUCAUGAGGCGAAUUAUCCGACUCAUGACUUGGAUGGGGGUUGUGGUUUUCGCCCUUAAUAUUUGGCGGCAUUACCUUUAUGGGGUUCAUUAUUCUAUUUACAUAGAUCACAAGAGCCUGAGGUAUCUGAUGCCGAAUCUGAAUAUAAGGCAACAUUGGUGGUUGGACGUGAUAAAUGAUUAUGAUUGUGAAAUCUUUUAUCACCCGAGAAAGGCCAAUGUGGUGGUCGAUGCUCUCAACCGCAAGACGGUCGUGGAUCCGAUCAGGGAUAUUGUAGCACCUGAUUCCCGCUUGAAAGGAAGGAAGAAGCUUGGGAAUUCGAGUUGGGGCUUGUAGAUCCAGAGAUCUUAUUCCAUCUUCAGCUCAAUCAAGGUAAAUGCCCCAUGUUUUGGUCUUCCAUUUGGUUGUUCAUCUUUAGGGCUUAGAUUUCGGGUGCAUUUAGGGCUUCCUAAGCCAUUUUUGGAUUUGUAAAGUGAUUCAUGGGGUUCUACUUUCAGAUCUCAGUUAUUGGAGGGGUCUCAUGACAUAAAGGUGCCAACUUUAUGGCCAUGAGAUCCCCAUGCACAUUGUAGAGCACCUUUUAUGGAUUUAUGGAUUUUUGAGCCAAAAACCCCAUGCAGCAUCACUGGAGAAAAAGGACUAUGCUACCUCAUAAGGCAGGACGUAAGGAUGUCAAAAAGUCCCGUGGGACCCCGAUCCCGUGGG